UCAAAUCCAUUCAGCAUAUUCUUCAAUAUGCUUUGAUGGGCUAAUUAGGGUUCCAAAAAAUCGACCAUAUAAAAACCUAACUUGUAGGUUUCAACAAAGCAAACGCCGGAAUCCUUAUCGUGGGGGGCAAACCGCAGAAGGAUCAAGCUCCGCAAUAUGACCUUUAAGCGAAGGAAUGGAGGACGCAACAAGCAUGGCCGUGGUCAUGUUAAGUUUAUUCGCUGCUCUAACUGCGGAAAGUGUUGCCCUAAGGAUAAGGCUAUCAAGAGAUUCCUUGUGAGGAACAUCGUUGAGCAAGCUGCUGUAAGGGAUGUUCAAGAAGCUUGUGCAUUUGACCAGUAUACACUUCCCAAGUUGUACUUGAAGAUUCAGCACUGUGUUUCCUGUGCAAUUCACUCGAAGGUUGUAAGGGUUCGAUCCCGUACUGAGAGGAGGAACCGUGAGCCCCCAAAGCGGUUCAGUCGCCCAAGGGAUGACGGACCGAAGCCAGGUCAGGCACCACGCCCAGGUGGCGCUGGUGGUCCACCCCCUGCUCGCCCUUGAGUAGAAUCCUUGGAUUAAUGUAUGUUUUGGUUUUCCAUGUUCUUUCGCAUUUUCAUUUUCUUAAGCUUUUAUAAAGAACUUCCUAGUUUUGAUCUUGUGAUCAUGAUUCUGCUUAUGGUUUCCUAUCGGUUAUGAAUUUCUAGCUUGAAUGCUAUCGAUUUUGUUUGAAUAUCAAUUAUCAAGUAGGGAAGGUUUAUGGAAUUGUAUGCCUUGUACUUGUUUAUGAUGAUAUUUUGCAAGAAAAAACAGAAAUCCAUUACCCAUUUUCGUA